AACUUACAGAGACGUUCACUUCAGGCAGGUAUUUUUAGGAAGACGGGCUGCCACGAGCUCUGAGCGUAGGCUUUGUGAGUCCUCUGUGUGCCAAGAAAGCGUUUAGCUAAGUGUAUGAGACGCACGAUGUUAGCACCCAUCUUUAUAAACGUUAAUACCAUAGGCUCCGCCGCCAUACUGCCCCACUGCCCUUGCAGCCCUCACACCUCGCCUAAGGCGACGAGGAGCAGACAACGGGCGGCCGCGGUCCCGCCCUCAGCAGAAGGCGGUGCGUACGGUGCCUCCCGGAGGGGGCGGAGAGGAGAGGGAGGCGGCAGCCCGCUUCUGCGCGGGAAGGAAGGAAGGGUUUUGGCGGGCUCGGCGGGGACGGGCGGACAGCAGGGGCACGGGCGGACAGCAGGAGCGCGCCCGGCCGCGCGGACCGCCUCCUGCUCGCCAUGCCGGCCGCGGAGGAGCCGUCGAGCGGCCUGGAGGGCGGCGAGCCGCAGUACCUGCAGCAGGUCCGGCACAUCCUGCAGCACGGCCACCGAAAGGAGGACCGCACGGGCACCGGCACCAUCUCCGUCUUCGGCAUGCAGGCGCGGUACAGUCUGAGAGAUCAGUUCCCACUGCUGACAACAAAGAGAGUGUUCUGGAAAGGAGUGCUGGAGGAGCUGCUGUGGUUUAUCAAGGGUUCUACAAAUGCCAAAGAGCUCUCUGCAAAGGGUGUGAAGAUUUGGGAUGCCAAUGGAUCACGUGAGUUCCUGGAUAAGCAGGGGUUUUGCACCAGAGAAGAGGGAGACUUAGGGCCGGUUUAUGGUUUCCAAUGGAGGCACUUUGGAGCAGAAUACAAAGACAUGCACACAGAUUAUUCCAACCAAGGAGUUGAUCAGUUACAAAAAGUGAUUGAGAUGAUCAAAACCAAUCCAGAUGACAGAAGAAUCAUCAUGUGUGCUUGGAAUCCCAAAGAUAUUUCUCUGAUGGCUUUGCCACCUUGCCAUGCUCUUUGCCAGUUCUAUGUUCUAAAUGGUGAACUGUCUUGCCAACUGUAUCAGAGGUCUGGAGAUAUGGGAUUAGGAGUGCCUUUCAAUAUUGCCAGCUAUUCGCUGCUCACGUACAUGAUUGCCCAUGUCACAGGGCUGAAGCCUGGAGAAUUCAUACACACCUUAGGAGAUGCUCACAUAUAUCUGAAUCAUGUGGAGCCUCUUAAAGUUCAACUUCAAAGGGACCCCAGACCUUUACCCAAACUCAAAAUCCUUCGUAAGGUCGAAGACAUCAGUGACUUUAAGGCAGAAGACUUUCAGAUUGAAGAUUAUAACCCUCAUCCACCUAUUAAGAUGGAGAUGGCUGUUUAAUGCUAUUAAACAUCUUCUAUCAAUAUGGAAAUCUACCUAAACUACUUUGCUUCAUCCGUACUUGAAGUUGCAGGUUUUUUUAAAUAUAAUUCUAAAGGUAUCUGCUUUAGUAUUGAAAAAUAGACCAAUGUUGCCUUCAUUACUAAGUUGUCAGAACAAAUGUGUAGGUGUGGAAUUUACUGCUGGUUUUUUUCUACCUGUUAUGAAGCAGAGUAGAAUUCCUGGCUUCUGCAUAUCAGACAAUGAAUUUGGAUUAUUUAUUCCUCUCUAAAUAAUGUGUUUAGUAUGCAGAUGUUAUCCCAUUUUUACAUUGUUUGUGAGAUGCUUUUCUACUGAUUAUUUCAUUUGACUGUGGCUGUUUCAGUUACUAUUCAGCUAUUAUUUCUGAGUUGUAUUUGCUUACAUGCUUUAUUUAGUACUGGAAAUAAGAACCUUUAUGUACAACAGAAGAUUCUUUCAUAGAGGUCUUUAGAACACAU